CCGGAUCGGGCCGGCGGCGGGGGGGGCGGCCGGGGUUGCGGACGAGGAGCAGGAGCCGGCGGGCAGUAGCGGACACCUCCUUCCCCGCGAUGCCGAGCGGGGGGCACGGCGGCGCGGCCACCUCGUGACGUGGCGGAGCCGGACCCGCAGGGUGGGCGAGGGGCCGGGGGCGGCGGGUGGGAGCCGGUUCCCCCGCCCGCCGUCCCCAUCCUUGCGAGGCGGCCACGCGGCAGGUAAAGCCGGCCGGCCGCACGCUGCGGGGUGCGGAACGCGGUGGCUCCAGGCCGCUGCGGGGGGCGCCGUCGGGCCCGAGGCGGCUGGCCGGGCCCGCUGCCCCGGGGAGGCGGUGCGGCUUGCCCCGCUCCGUGCCGCCGCUUCCUUCGCCCUCUUUCCGAGCCCGAAUGCGGGUUGGGAGCGCCCCGUGCCCCGGAGCCGUCCGCCUGCGGCCACGUGGAGGCCCCGUGUCCGGCCGCGAGGUGCUGCUCUCCGCAGGAUAAAAGGAGCGCACUGAAGGGUGUGAGAGCGGGCUGUGGCCUGCUGUGCACCGCGGUGGGCCCUGCUGGGUGGGGGCGGCGAGCGAGGCAGGCGGUUACAUCCCGGUCGGCCUGAACUUAAUGCGUUAGUGGGGGCAGAAACUGCAGCCAGGCUGUGUGUCCUGCGUGCAACCCCAGGCCAUCAAGGAAACAGAGAUGAAGGUACACAUGCACACAAAAUUUUGCAUCGUUUGUUUGCUGACGUUUAUCUUUCAUCAGUGCAGUCAUUGCCAUAAAGAUGGGCGUGACCAUGGUCCUGAAGAGGGACACGAAGACCACCAUAACUGCUAUCAGAUCUCAGAGACGCCCUACCACCAGACCGCAGAAUCAGAAUCUACGCCGAGUAAAUUUUCAGCGUCAGAAGCUGAAAAUGAACAGAAAUACUACAUAGAAAAGAUUUUUGAUCGUUAUGGUGAAAAUGGAAGGUUGUCCUUUUUUGGCCUGGAAAAACUGUUAAUGAGCCUUGGCUUAGGAGAAGUGAAAGUAGUAGUGAUAAAUCAUGACGAUAUUGGCCAUGAUCACGUUUCUCACCUGUAUGCUUUAGAAGUACAGGAAGGAAAGCAUUUUCACUCUCAUAACCAUCCUCACAGCCACUCAGAUUCGAAAAACCAAACUGUGGUUGGUAUGUCUGAAAAGAGAAAUCAUAAAUGUAACUCUGAGAGGGAUGCAGUAGUGUCAUCUAUAAAAGGUGAUGGUAAACAUAUUCAUGACCAGAGUCACCAUCGCCAUCAUCACCACCCUCAUCCACAUCAUCAUCUUGACCAUAACGGUACACAUCAUUCUCGUAACGAUUCGGUUAUUCAUGAUGAACACGGAGAACAGAAUCACGGUCCUUCCACAGAAACAAACACAACACAGGAUCAGCGCGAAAGAAAGCAACGGAAACAGAAGAAGAAACGGAAGAAAAUCAGUGAGACUUCAGGAGAUGCUGCACAAGACUGUCCUCCAAACCAUCACCUAGGUGAUCAGUGUGAGCAUAAUCGUGUUCAUAAACACGAUCAUGUACACGACACAUCUCACUUUCACGUGCACCAUCGUGAACACAGUGGCGAUCGUUCCACUAAUCACGGACAUCAAGAUUCCAGCCUGGGUAGUGAGGAUGGGCAUCACCGUACCAGCAAGCGAGAGGCACCUUGUAAACACACAGGUGUAAGAAAGCACACUAUUUCAGCACGCAGUCGUAAGGAUCGUAAUGAAGAUGAACGUGAUCGUGAAGUGUGCUUAAAUGUUACGCAGCUGCUACGACGCUACGGUCUGGAAACAAGCUCUCCAAUAUCUCCUGAAUUUUUUAUAUAUCUGUGUCCUGCUCUGCUAUACCAGAUUGACAGAAGGCUUUGUAUUGCACAUUACGAUGAGCUUGAAGAUUUUAUGAAAAGUAAAACUGCAUCAAUUGAGAAUGAAGAUAAAACAGGUGCUUCAGCCUGGGUUUGUGGUAUCAUCUCUAUCACCGUCAUUAGCCUGCUUUCCUUGCUAGGUGUGAUCUUGAUUCCCAUCAUUAACCAAUGGUGCUUCAAAUUUCUUCUAACUUUCUUGGUAGCUCUGGCUGUAGGAACAAUGAGUGGAGAUGCUCUACUCCAUCUGUUGCCACAUUCACAUGGAGGCCACAAUCACAGUCACCACCAUGGCCAAGGUCACAUUCAUGAACACAAGCAUUCUCAUCACCAUGCCCAUGGACAUGGAAUAGAGAACGAUGGCUUUCUAGAAGAAAACGAUCCAGUACUGAAAGGUCUUGUAGCACUCGGAGGCAUUUAUGUUUUGUUCAUCAUUGAACACUGCAUAAGAAUGUACAAGCAUUACAAUAAACAAAAGAGUAAGCAGAAAUGGUGCAAGAAUAAACAGAGUGAAGAAUCACCAAUUGGAAGGAAACUUUCAGAUCAGAAAUUAAAUAAUAGACCAGACACUGACUGGCUUCAGCUCAAACCCCUUGCAGGGGCAGAUGACUCAGUUCUGUCAGAAGAUCGACUUAAUGAAACUGAACUGACCGACUUAGAUGGCCAGCUGGAAUCCCCUCCCAAAAACUUCUUGUCCAUAGAAGAAGAGAAUAACAUGCACCAUUCUCACAACGAUGUCUUACGUGCUGCUCAGGAACAUGAUCUUCAUGAUUUAGAGUACGACAGCCACGGUGAAGAUAAAAUGAUAGCUAGAAAACACAGUCACCACUGGCAUCAUAAACACUCCCAUCAUUCCCACGGCCACUGUCAUUCUGGAAAAGACAUGAAAGAUACAGGGAUAGCUAAUAUUGCUUGGAUGGUAAUUAUGGGAGACGGCAUUCACAACUUCAGCGAUGGCUUAGCAAUAGGAGCAGCUUUCAGUGCUGGGCUGACAGGAGGAAUUAGUACAUCUAUAGCAGUAUUCUGUCAUGAGCUGCCUCAUGAAUUAGGUGAUUUUGCUGUGCUGCUUAAAGCUGGUAUGACAGUAAAGCAAGCUAUUGUGUACAACCUCCUGUCUGCCAUGAUGGCUUACAUAGGCAUGCUGAUCGGCACUGCGGUGGGACAGUAUGCAAAUAACAUCACCUUGUGGAUCUUCGCAGUCACUGCAGGCAUGUUCCUCUACGUGGCAUUGGUUGAUAUGCUUCCAGAAAUGCUUCAUGGAGAUGGAGAUAAUGAAGAGCACGGUUAUUGUCCUGUGGGGCAGUUCAUUCUGCAGAAUCUAGGUCUGCUUCUUGGGUUUGCGAUCAUGCUGGUGAUUGCCCUCUACGAAGACAAAAUUGUGCUUAACAUCCAGUUUUGAACUUAUUCUGGUAAUCGCUGUGGAUACAAUAUUAUUACUGUACGGCUUAGAGUCUGCACUGUUUCACUGUAUGCACAUUGCUUAGAGAAAAAGCAGUGGCUUGCACUACUUACACAAGUACGGCAUACUCAUUUCUGUGUAUAUUAUCUGCUGCUUUUUUCUGAUUCAAAUCGUAUGAGACUGCCUGAGCGAGUCUUCUGAACUCCAGUAACUGGCAGUUUGGAAAUAGUAAAUACCAGAAGUAAAUGCCAAGUUCAGUGUGCUGCUGGAUUAUGUAAAAAUAAGGACGUACACGCUUGGGCAAAUGCCAUUUUAUACUUCAUUUGACAGAACCCUGAGAAUUUUACAGCUGAAAUUCAUGCCUAUGUGAGGAACCUGAGUAUGUUAUUAUUACCACGCAAUUCUUAAACAGCGGGCAUAUAUAUAUAUAAUAUACACUUCAAUCUGUGCGUUUAUAUGUAUGUGUAUGCGUGGUGCUUGUUCCUCUGCAUUGUGGUGACUUAACGUAUUAAAUCUUAAUGACAGAUGACUGGAAACCACUGUGCUGUCUCAAAUUUUAAGAAAAAAGGAAGCCCAAAAUCGUAAGGCCAUUUAAAUUCGUUGAAUACACGCUGUGCUGCACUCCCUCAUUUUAACUUUACGUGUAAGAAGGCAGGCUGUUGCAAUAUACGCUGCAAAGUGCUACGAUGUCCUGUUGAGGAUCGCUUUGACGAUUGUUUCUCGAAGGAAAUUUAUUUGAUGUUUGUUCUUUGAUAUUAGUAGAAAAAUGCAAAUUGCAGUAGAAAUAGUGCUAGCUUGGGGAAAUCCCCAAUGUUGGAGUUACUGAGCUAUUCCUGUUUUUUUUCUACAGAUGCUAAACAUGUAUUGUGUGCCACCUGCAGCAUAUACUACUGAAGAAUUGUGGCUGUGAAUGUGUGCAAACUCUUAAUUUAAUAGAGAAUCAGUAUGGGAUUUUUUCUAUUUUUUUUUUAUUUUUUUUUUAAGUUACAUUGGAAUGUUUUGUCCUAUGUUAAAAAGAUCAAAAGUACAUCAAAUGAGCUAGUUACUGAACAUGGGCACGAAGGUUAAAUUAUGCUAUGUGCAUGUAGGGUUACUUACUGUACUCUGUUUCUACAGUGCCUCAUUAUCGGACAUUGUGGCACCAGCCAUUUAUGUAGUCGAGAGGACUAGUAAUUCUACUUCCAGCAUAAAUCAGUUCCUUUCUAUAAUGUUUUUGGGUUUUUUUAAAAUGUUUUUGGUGUUUGUUUAUUAAAAAGUAAGCGUGAUAGAUCUGUUGUAUGCAUAAUUGGGAAGCAGAAACAGAGAACUUUUGGCCUUAAUAUGCUGGGAGCGUGUCCUGGAUUAGAUUUAGCUGACACGAUUGUACUGCUAGAUGUGAGCGAUUUAUUCUUGUACCUGUUAUCUCCUUAAGGAAAAGUAUGUUGAGGUCUUGAGGAGCACGAGUCAAUUCUAUAGUUCCGCUCCUAAGCGUGGAAGUAGCCUUUUCCAAAACACGCAGCUUAAUGUCUCUUUUGUGUAUGCCAGGUAAGCCGUUUUUUAGCUACAUGCUGUAAGUUUUGUUUCAGUCUGCUCAAUGCCAGUGUAGCUGCUGAAACUGUACCGAUCCUAACAGGUCAAAACCGCAAUGGCUGGUUGCUUCGUUCCAUUUCAGGUUUGUGCAUUUCUUGUGGCUUGUUACUUUCUGAAGCUUCAUCGGUCAGUUGAGCUUUCAAUGAGAGCAGCUUGUGUAUUUUAAAGGUAUUGGUUGGUUCUUGCCAGUAUUUCGUCCUAAUGCAGUAUCAAGGAACAGUAUUAAGGGUCCAUUGCAAAGAAAGCGGUUUCUUCAGUGAAGAAGCCCAAGCCCCGAGUUCAGGUGUGCAGACAUUUGACACUGAGAACUCGGGUUGGUCGGUUAGUUUUUUUCUUUAAAAGCAUUUACCGUCAGACCCAACUUAGCAAACACAUUCUUGUUAGCUUCUUUGGCUGAAUUUGUAUAGUACAAAGAUCCUAGGUGACGUUUCUUUUCCCCGGUGCUCGCCGUACAUCCUUGCAUACCAUUGUUAGAGAGACUUAAGUCAUGGUAUAAGUUCCAAGGAUCUCAGCUUCAACAGCUUACGUUGUCUAUGUAUUGAACUGACCCUUAAUUUUAUCUCUUUGUUAACUCUGUCAAGUAAAAGGGGACCAUGGGCUUAACUGAUGUUUUUAACAAAUUUUGGCUUUAUUUUGUUUAUUUCUUUGAAUAUUUUUCAAAUGAAAAAUUGUUGGUUUUUGGUUGUUUUUUUUGUUUUUUUUUUUUUUUUCAGUUAGUAUCUUUCCUUUUGUAUUAGUUGGAGUAUGGUUUUAGCUUAAUACACUGCCUGCAUAGGGAAAUAGUUAACUUCCUUUCCAGACCAUCUUCAGACAAGGGAAAAUAUGGUCUUUCAAGGCAGGUGCUGCAUUUUUUUCAUUAAAUAGGUAUGUUGUUUUUCUUUCAUUUUGUAAUAUUUAUUUCAACUUACAAAAGGCAGCGUAACAGCUGUGACUUGCUCUAUAGGUUUCCUACCAGUACUGAAAUCCAAAUAGUUCUAAAGCACGCUUUUUAGUCACGUUGCAGACAAUCUGACUUCCACUACAUUUCUACUUGGUUUGUACAUUCCAUUCUGCUGAAUCCAGAGUCUCAUCUAACGCAUAUUUGUUGGAGGGCAUGUUAUUUGUAUAUUACAAUGCUGUCACUGUGUGACAUCCCAUAUGAAUUUCGAUGUAGAUCACAUUGCACUCAAUCUGCUGUGAUUACGCUUAGAAAUACUGUUGUUGCUAGAUGCAGUGUGAUUUUUUUAUUUUUUUUUUAAUGAAAAAAUCUCCUCCUGUUAACAAUUGAGUCUAUGGUUUCAAAUGUGAUUAUGUCCCUGUAAAAUACAGCUGAGCUAUCAGUGUUUUUGUUAUAACUAAAUCUUUGUUGGGAUUUUUUGUUUUUUCUUUUUUAAUUUUAUAAAGCUGGAAAAGAUCAAAUCCUGUUCUGUUCAUUGUCAACAGUGUUGUGUUCAUUUUUAUGUAUACUCCUUAUAAAUAAGGAGCCUUCAAGAAAUAAAAUUAUUAAAGGAGCAAGUA